CCGCCACAAAUUCACUUCAUUUGCCCAACAACGAUUAUUUACUGGCUCAGUCACUGCUGGACUUUCUCAAAUAAGAGUUCCACGGAGAGCAUUUUGGCUGAUCUUUCAAGCUCCGCAGAAUAUCGUGUGGUGUGAAAAUAAAAGCACCGAACCCAACAAAAGAAAAUCACCCCCAAAAAAAAAAAAAAUAAAUAACGUUUUCUGAUCCAAAAGCGUCAAAUGAAACACGUCGAGCAGAACAGUGACUGAGACCCUCGUAUUUUGUUGCUUGUCUGACUGAAAAGGGCCUUUGAUGGCAAAACGAUCAUGUAUAUGCAACUAAAAAAUGCACCGCGAGCAACGGUAAAUGUCUGGCUUUUUUCGCGUUCGCCCUUCACCCCAUGAACUGCGUCAUCUUUUCUCACGGCUGUGACACAUAACUUCCUACUACUUCUCGACACACACACACAUACAUUUACAGACAAUAUUCGCAUUUGGCAUUUGGCAUUUUCUCCCUCACAAUCGUCGCGACCGGCCGAGAUUCGCCGUCUCAUCUUUACCUUCCACUCAACGCCGCCAUCUACUGGGAUCUGACUGAGAUCCAUUUUUGGAAAGACACGUGUCACGAAGAUGGACUUCAACGUUGCGCCGCUGAUGAUCUCCUCGCCGGUCGUCCACUGAGAUCUCCGCGAUGAGAGGACACGUCGUCCGUCUUCUUCUCUUCUUGUGCGCCGUCCCGGUCGCCUCGCAACAUCUGGCUGGACUUCCUCCAUCCAAACUUGGCACCGGACUGGCCGUGACUCACCGGAAGAGCGCUUGGACUCGUGGAGAGGGCUCCGCCGCACUCGAGUUCAGCUCCGUCGCCGAAACGGGUCAGGAGAGGCCCCGGCCGGUCGAGUCGGACCACGGAAAUCUGCAAGAAAGCGGGAGGCCACGUGCUCGCCGGAAGAGGAGCUGGCUGUGGAACCAGUUCUUCGUCAUAGAGGAGUACCGAGGACCCGAACCUGUACUUAUCGGACGGCUCCACACGGACACGGACCGAGGGGACGGGCACACCGAGUACACGCUGGAGGGCGAAGGAGUGGGCUCGGUGUUCGUCAUCGACGGCAACACGGGCAACAUCCACGUCACCAAGUCUCUGGACCGCGAGGAGAAGGACCAGUACCGCCUGACCGCCACCGCCACCGACCGCCUGACGGGCCGCGCCCUGGAGCCGUCCUCGCAGUUCAUCAUCCGCGUGCAGGACAUCAACGACAACCCGCCCGUCUUCCCCGGCGAGCCCUACGUCGCCACCGUGCCCGAGAUGGCCAACAUAGGCACGUCCAUCAUCCGAGUGACGGCCCGGGACGCCGACGACCCCUCGUACGGGAGCAGCGCCCAGCUGGUGUACGCGAUCACCGAAGGGCAAGAAUAUUUCUCGGUGGACCCUCAAACAGGCGUCCUGAGGACGGCCGUGCCCAACAUGGACCGAGAGAGCCAGGAGGAGUACGUGGUGGUACUCCAGGCCAGAGACAUGGGGGGCCACUUGGGGGGCCUGUCGGGGACCACCACGGUCACCGUGAGGCUCAGCGACGUCAACGACAACCCGCCUCACUUUCGACGCAGCGCAUGGUCGUUCUCCGUGUCAGAGCUGGCGGCGCCUGGCGUGGAGGUGGGCCGUCUCACCGCCACCGACGCCGACGUGGGCGACAACGCGCUGCUGGAGUUCACCAUCAUGGACGCCGAGGAGGCGCAGACGUUCAACGUCAGCGCCAGGGAGCGAGAAGCCAUCAUUGUGCUGAACAAACUGCUGGACUACGAGACUCGUAAUUCGUACUCGUUCACCGUGGAGGUGGCCAACCCUCUGGUGGACCCCCGCUACUUGAAGAACGGCCCCUUCAAGGACCAGGCCGUGGUGCGGGUCAUGGUCCUGAACGCCGACGAGCCGCCCCGCUUCUCGCAGGCCCGGUACCACCUGGACGUGUCGGAGAACUGCCCGCCCGUCUGCUCGGUGGGCCGCGUGCGCGCCGUGGAUCCCGACUCGGGGCAAAGCGCCAACAUCAGGUACUCCAUCGAUCCUCAGUCGGACCCCGAGGCUCUGUUCCGCGUGGCCUCCGACACGGGACACAUCAGCGCGGUGAUGGAGCUGGACCGCGAGCGGGAGCAGUGGCACAACGUCACGGUCAUCGCCACGCAGAGGGACCACCCCGAUCUUGCGUCGAGGGUGGUGGUCGCCAUAGAAACGCUGGACCAGAACGACAACGCGCCGGAAUUGGACAGGCAAUACAGCACGUCGGUUUGUGACUCCGCCGCUCCGGGACAGGUUGUUCAGGUUCUACGCGCCGUCGACCGUGACCCGGGAGGGCAGGACGCGGCGGUCCACUUCAGCAUCGCGCCCGAGUCCAGCGCCGCGCUCAACCUCUCCAUCAGGGACAGCGGCGGUGUGACGGCCAGCCUGGUGCUGCAGUCGUCCUUGGAGCCGGCGCCGGGCUACUCGUCGUCCUUAGUCAGCCUCUACGUGCCCGUGGUGCUGCGAGACGGCGCCUCGGGCCUGGCCAACACGGCCACGGUCACCGUGACCGUCUGCCCGUGCCUGGGGGGCGGCAUGCGCACCGAGGAGCGGAGCCCCCGGACGCGGGGCCGGCGUUGGGAGCGCCGCGCCGUGUGCCGCCCGGCGCCGUCCGCCUCGCCCUCGGUGGUCUUCACCCUCCUCAUUUUAAUGGCGGCGCUGGCCUGCGUCACCACUCUGCUGGUGGUGUGCGCGCUGUCCCUGUCACUGCGGCGUCAGAAGCGGGACCCCCACUCAUCCUCGGAGGACGACGACAUCCGGGAGAACAUCAUCUCCUAUGACGACGAGGGGGGAGGGGAGGCGGACACGGCCGCCUUCGACAUGGCGGCGCUGCAGAGCCUGCACAGGAUCCAGAACGUGCACAGGAACAUAUGGUACACACAGCAGAGCGCGCCACCCCCGCGGGCCAGGACGUACAGCGUGACCCGUAACCCUCACCCCGAGCCCGAGCGGCGGCCCGGCUCGGCACCGCUCUACGGGCGACUCUGCUACGGGGUCCGCACGCUGCCCGUCCUCCGGGACUACUACUACCAGGCCGGGCCGCUGCAGGCCGGCGUGCAGCCGCCUCUACCGGGCCGGUGCCACGAUGCCCCCACUCCCGGGAACCUGCCGACGCAGCUGCGCCCUCCCGAGGCCGGACGAGCGAGCGCGUUAGCGGCGCACACGCUGAGCAGGCUGACGGGCAGGAGUGAAGAUGGAACAAAGAUACACGUUGACGCAGAGAAGCCGGAAAACGUCAAGAUAAACCCAGCGGAGGUCCAGUCCGCGUCAAACAGCGGCCCGGCCAGUCUGAGCUGCUCCGACCCGACCGGUUCUUCCUGCCAGAGUCCCGGCAGCUCGUCGGCCAACCAGACUCUGAUCAGCACCGGCGCCACAAGCUGCACCGUGGAGGACGCCGACACCGACUGGUCGCAACCCUCCGUCUCCGAGCGAAGUUACCCCAAUGCCAAGCUCCCUGUUUUCCCCGUGACGGACACCUACAGCAUCGUGGGAUCGCUGAACGGAACCACGACCACGGGGACUCUACCCUACGCCAGGACAACACCCGGCAACCAUCAACCCUUGCGAAUGGAGGACCUGCUCAACUUUCGUCUCAACCGGGUGACGUCCGACCCGUCGCAGCCGCCCUACGACUCGCUGCAGACUUACGAGUUCGAGGGCCGCGACUCCCGGGCCGAGUCGCUGAGCUCACUCGGGAGCGAGGACGGGAAGGACGAUAGCGGAAAGGACCGUGUCCCGACGGCGGGAGGCGUGGAGGAGCUCAAUGUCAAGUUCCAGCGGCUGGUGGAGCUCAUCAGGGAGAGGAAGUGCAGGAAGGAGCGAGAGGCCAGUGAGGCUCCCGCCCAGACCAGCCAGGUCCAAGCCACUCCUUCCCAGACCGGCCAGAUCCGAGAGAAGGUAGUGCAGAGGUGGGACUUCUAAGGGAAGGGAUUUCCCUUUUCCAGGCUAGUCCCACAGGGAGGAGGCCCCGGGGAAGACCCAAGACACGUUGGAGGGACUGAGGGCCUGAUUUAAAUUCUGUGUUCACUCGCUGUAUCGACUAAGAGGUGUAACGGUGUAUUUCAAAUCGGCUUUUGCGCUUUGGGUAGCUCUGAUGGCUUGUGCAAAAUGAAGUUUGAAGUGAUGCAAUUGGAAGUGUUAGUGGCAAACAAACAUAUUACUUCGUUAGAGACAAGAAAUAUGUCGUUCUGAUAACUGUGGAGAAGCUCGCAAACGUAAAAGCCACAUUUUGUUUGCUUUAACUCAUCCCGAGUGCGUGGGAAUCGGAUGUAUCUGCCCAUCCUGCAUAACACUGCACACGCAGAAAACGACUCUGGGAGAGGUUAGCGGCAAUUGUCACCGUGCUCUGAAAUGACCUAGACCCAAGAAAAUGCAGAAAGGAGUUUUGUCAUAGGCGAUAUGACAUGACUCCUUCUUGUGACUGGCUUCAAGUCAGCCCCCCGAUCAUUCAGAGGCUGAACAGAUGAUGCGUCGUGAUUUUUGCUUCUGGCAUUUCAAAAAUGUGAACACAAGCGGAAAAGAUCGGUUCCCCGUGUGGUCUCUCAGGUUGCCUUCGCAGUCACGGACGGCGGUGCCGGUUUGCGCCUGCCUUUCAGUUGAAAGGUUCCAGUUUCAAGACGCGAAGGCGCAAUUCAUGUCAGCUUUGAUAAAUCACAUUUGCGUUGAGUGCCAAAUUCGUCUAUUUGCAUCUGCUCCGCCCAGAAUGCGUAAAAUGACCUAGUUGACAAUUUCGCCCGUUUUGCGGAUGUAAGCGCGGGCGAUCAGCUUCCACAUCGGUUGCGUGAGCAAUCGUGUUUGCGCACGUUUUUGCACGUAGAAAUCUUUAGUAAAUCAGGCCCCGAGUCUCUCGCCGGUCGGGAGGACGAAGCGGCUGGAGAGAGAGGGAACUCUGCGACAUCGGAUUCUGUAUUUUUCCGGGAUUUCCUGGAAGCGCCGCACAUCGUAUCACUAACACCCCCC